AUGCACAUUGGCGCGGAGAGUCUGCAGGACACGCUGGAGUUGGCGGCGCAUGCGGCCAGCACCCCGGGUGUCAUUGGCAUUGUGUGCCAGACGCCCAUCUUCUUCAAGCCAAAUGUAGAAACUCUGCACGACUACUUGGCGGCCGUGGGCCGCGCAGCACCCGAGCUGCCUCUGUGGUACUGUCACUUCCCGGAUAAAUCCGGCGUUCUGAACGGGCAGGCACAUCUCCUUCUGAAGAUGAUACACGCUCGCCAGGAGAUCCCAAACUUCGCCGGCAUCAAGUUCACAGACAUCAACCUAAUGGAUUUUCAGCUCUGCAAGAUGGUGGGUGGAGGAAGGUACAACAUGCUCUUCGGCAGAGAUGAAGAGUACUUGUCAGCGGCUGUCCUGGGCGCGGACGCUCCGAUCAGCUCCACUCUGCAGUAUUCGCCCUGGCUGCGAGAAGUUUUCCGCUUGACCAAAGCUGGGCAGUUUGAAUCAGCCAGGGGUCCGCAGCAGGCUGUGGCACAGCUCUGCGGUCAUUUUUCGUCAUUUGAUGGUGCCACGAAUGUGCAGAAGAGCAUCAUGCAGACAGUGCUCCCGGUUGGCCCCUCGCGCCUACCCUUCCGUGACCUCAGCGAUGGUGAGCGAUCCACAUUGGAGGUAGACUUGCGAGCAGAGAAAUUACUUGAUGCCAAGUUCGCUGCAAGGUACAGCGAGGUACAAGUAUAG